AUGGCUGUAGCAAAAGAGGAGAGAGAAGUUACAAAAAGAUCGGAGCGCAAGGGCAGCUCGGCCAUGGCUGGCGGGCGCUCCGGUCGCUCGGGCGCCGCGUCGUGCGGGGCGUCGCCCGCGCACUCAGCCGCCCCGGCCUCCGCCUCCGCGGACGCCCACCCCGCCCCGCACUCCGGCGGCGACUUCCUGGCCACCGCCAGCUCCGCGCUGCGCCGCCUGCACUUCAGCCGCGCGGGCAAGGCCAACCGCCAGCAGCAGCCGCCCGUGCCCAAGGUGGUCAUCAUGGGCAGCAGCACGGCCUCCACCUCCUCCAACACCACCAUCAACACCAGCACCGACUCCGCCAACACCGUCGCCACGCUCGUCACCGUCACCGACGGCGACUACGACCUCGACCAUUGCUCGAGCUACCUGGACGACGCGCUGGCGGAGGCGCCGCUGUCGUCCGGCGCGCCCUUCUGCCCGUCGGCGCCCGCGCCCUCGCCCGCGCCCUCGCCGCACCCGGGCCCGCCCCCGCCCACGCCCCUGCUGGGCGCCGAGCGGCGGCAGCAGCAGCGCGAGGACCACAUGCGCCAGCUCCUCGACGUCUGCCACACGCUCACGCAGCAGGAGCUGCACGACUUCGAGAUGAAGUGA